AUGGCUUCCGAAGAUAAAACACCCACCCGAGAAAACCUCAUCCCACCUUUGAUUGAGCUAGUACCAAAGGCUUCCAAAGAUCAAAAACCCCCUAUCAAUCGCAACCCAAAAGACCCUGCUAGUCCUUUUUUUCUCAACCCGAAUGAUGGUCCAGGAACACUACUCACCAACCAUCCUCUCACCCCUGAAAACUACAACUCUUGGGCACGUACCGUGCGCCGUUCACUCCGAAUAAAAAAGAAACUGGGUUUCAUUGAUGGUACUCUUCUUGAACCCUCCUCCACUGAUGCCUCGUUAGAACCAUGGCUUGAAUGCAAUGACAUGGUUGUAACCUGGCUUCAAAAUGCACUGUCUCUUGAGAUAAAAAACAGCGUUGUUUAUGUUGAGACUGCCAAUGAACUAUGGCUUGAACUCGAACAACAUUUUGCCCAAAACAAUGGGCCAAGAAUCUUUGAAUUAAAGCAAUCCAUUCACAAUAUUAACCAAGGUGAUGAUUCCGUCAGCCUUUGCUUCUCUAAGUUAAAAAGUUUAUUUGAUGAACUUCUCAAUUUUGAAUUUAUUCCAUCAUGUACAUGUGGUGCCAUGAAACCUAUGCUUGAGAACCAACAAUGUGACUGGAUGAUGAAAUUCCUCAUGGGGCUCAAUAAUUCCUUCAGCAACAUCAAAGCUUAG